AUGAAUUUCACUACCAACCCGGAAAAUGGAUUUAAUUCCUACAAAACUGCUCCAGGUUGUUCAGCUCCAAGCCAUGAGAUGAUCAAGGAAUUCAUUCGCUGGUACAUUAGCUCUGCUACGGGACGACUGGCCGAGGAUGAGCGACCAACGGUGCGAACCGCAAAUGCGUGUGCCGAGCGUCUCUUUAGUGGAUUUGAAGAGUUCACAAAAGUCAAAAUCAUCCCAGCUGACAGAAAAUAA